AAUGAGGUUAGUUUGUAUUUUAUAUUCGACGGCGAAGGACUGUAUGUUGAUAACACAAGAACGUUAUAUCUUCAGAACGUUCCACGCACGUACGAGUUUGUAAACAUUGGAAUUUUCUGAAUAUUUUCGGGAAAUUCGUGUUUUUCUUCCAUUGGAAGGAUAUUAUGCAUUUUUGUUCGUGAAAUAAGUGUGUGUUGUAUUUUUAUUCUUAAGUGUUAAAUAAGUGUGAAUAGUUUCUAUUUUGACUUUCAAUUCAAUUUUGGAUCUUGUAGUCAUCGACAAAUAUUUGGAUGUUGGAUGUUGAAGAUUCAAAAAUAAUUUUAAGAUUUCGAGAAAGAGAUAAGAUAAUGCCACGAAUGGUUCAUUGAAUUUUCCGGAGAAAUAUUGUAAUUAUUGAUGUCAAGAUGAAUUGGAUGUUACAUAAGAAUAUUCAUCGAACGUGGACCUUGUACUCUUUGUUCUUCAUCCUGCUCUCUGUUGGUACUAUAGCCGAAUCUUACGAAAAAUGUCUGACCGAUUACCCAGAAAUACAUGCCAAACGGUAUCCCUACUACAAGAACAGCCCAGUCACCAUCAAGAUCGACACUUCUGAUAGGAUAUCGCACAAACUCAACUCUCAUGCCUUCAUGAUUUUUGCCCAAGAGGUGUUAGGCUACCCUAGGAUGGAGCUGUCUUACUUUGAAGACCACUUCAACAUUUUCGACACCGUCGACAGGCUGGGUGACCAGGUUCAAACCAAUAUUCCCAAAGCAACCAUAAAUCUGGAAGUCUGGGUAUCCCCCGACAAGGAUACCAUAGACAUGGAGAGCUUGCAACGGGUCGAAGAUUGCGGAAACGUAGCCAACACAGGAGGAAGGUUCGGUUGGUUCAUACCGAACGAUCUGACGAAGCCAAUCGACAAGUUCUACAAGAAGUGGUAUCCCGAGAUCACCGAGGUGUCUUGGUCGAUGUUCAGGAACCCCGAGUUGUCUUCUUAUUUCGACGUUGAUGAAUCUGACAUGGAUAUGAUAAGGGAGAAUUCCUUCAAGAAUCAUAAGACCAAAGAAUACUUCUGCAAAAAUUGCACCUCCGAAGGAAUGUACAUACCCCAGCGCUGCAGGAAGAAUCAAGAUUGCGCCUUGCUCCUUGCCCCAGAUUACCUGUCCACCAAUUUCGUCGUUGAACACAUCGAUGAACUUAAAUUGUUCGUCAAGGUCGUUUGGCUUGGCGACAACCUUCCCAAAGUGGUCAAAUCCUUGAGGCAGAAGUACAAGGCCGGGGGGUUGAACAAGAGCGUGGUUUUUAUCACUUGGACGCCCAGCAUUAUGGUGAUGGACGAGAGAGAAUUCAUCACAGUCGGUUUCAAAAAGUGCGAGUUGUUAAAUUCUUCCAGCCACCUGGGGUGCAAAUACGAGAUCAACAGAUUGGUCAAGUUCGCUUGGAUAGGUCUUCAGGAGAUAGCAAAGCCUCUGCUGGAGGCCACGAGGUUGUUUUCUUUCAGGGAGAACGCUUACGAGUCCUUGUUGAACGAGUACCGUAGGAACCCAGAGGGUGGGGUGAGAAACGCUGCUUGUGAGUGGAUGAAGAAGUCCAGGUUCAUCUGGCAAGACUGGAACCCGGUGUUGGAUUCCAAGAUAUACAUCGGGGGUAUCUUCCCCAUGCAUAACUCCCCCUACGUUGGGCAAGGUAUAGCUUUGGCUGCGAAAAUGGCAGAAAGCGCAAUCAAUGAGAACAAAUCUAUACUCGGUGACUACAAGUUGGAAGUGCUGAUGUCCGAUGGACAGUGCAGGUCGGAUCUGGUGAUGAAGAUGUUCAUAGAUUACGUGGUCAACAAGCAGUUCGAGUCUUUGAUAGGAGUAUUGGGACCGGCUUGCUCCGACACCGUCGAACCUUUGGCCAGCGUGUCCAAACAUUACCAAACAAUGAUCAUCUCCUACAGUGCCGAAGGGUCAAGUUUUUCCGAUAGGGAGACUUAUCCUUACUUCUUCAGGACCAUCGGAGAGAACAAGCAUUACAAUCAGGUCUACGUCAAGUUCUUCAAGCACAUGGGUUGGAAACAGAUUGCAGCUUUAACCGAAGAUGGACAGAAAUACACCGAGUACAUUUCGCAGAUGCAGAGCUUGCUGGACGACUAUCAGAUAACGUUGAUUUCGAAUAAGAAGUUUCCAAGGAACCCUGGCGAUAUCAACAUGAGCAAGUACCUGGAAGAAUUGAAGAAACAAAGAGCCAGAAUUAUCAUUGCCGAUGUGGUGGAUGAGGUUGCAAGACUCAUUAUGUGCGAAGCGUUCAAAUUGCAGAUGACACCGAAGAAGGGUUAUGUAUGGUUCCUUCCAAUAUCUUACAACAACCUCCAAGGAGGAGAAAUAAAUUGUACUGCCCAAGAGAUGUUGGAGGUGACAAAUGGUUAUUUUUCACUAGCCCAUGCCUACUAUGGCGACGAUAAUGCGGUCAUGCAAGAAAAUAUCACCGUUAAAGAGUGGAGAGAUAGGUAUAAGGCUCGUUCGAAUACUCAGAAGAUGUCGGACUAUGCAGGUUAUGCCUACGAUGCUGUCUGGACUUACGCUCUGGCUACAGAUAAACUGGCCAAGACUGAUCCUGAGGCGCUGUCACAUAUCCAUUCGAAUACGACCAUCAAGAAACUCGUGGAAAUCAUCAAUGACACCGAUUUCAUGGGCGUCUCGGGAAGAAUUAAAUUCAGAGGGGGACCCUCAAGGUUCUCCGUCAUCAACAUCAUGCAGUGGUACGACAACAAGACUCACAUCGUCGGUCAAUUCCAUCCCAAUCUCACCGAUCACACUCCCGUCAUCCAUGGUGGACGCCUAGAGAUAAACUCCAGUCUGAUCAGGUGGUUCACAGCCAACGGCAAGAAACCCGACGACGGUAAACUACCGCCAGAGACAUGCGCGUUGGAAAGCUUGGCCAGGUUCUUCGACGUGGACUGUUCAAUGGCCAUAGUCAUCUUGAACAUCAUCGUAAUCAGUACUGUGCUGCUGAUCAUCGGAUUCAUCAUAUACCAUCUGAAGAAACGGUACGACAGGAAAGUUCAGGAAGCCACUAAUGACUACAUCAAAAACCUAGGUUGGUGGCACAACAUAGAGAGCCUGAAAGAUUUGGGCAUGCUGGAAGUGUCUAGGAAAGACGUGAUAAUCAAUCGUAAGAUAGGCGAAGGCUCUUUCGGCACAGUGUUCGGAGGUGAGGCUUGCUUCGAAGAAGGCUGGUUGCCGGUUGCAGUCAAAACCUUAAGGAUGGGCGCGAAUACCGACGAAAAAAUAGAUUUCCUAUCUGAAGCGGACAUAAUGCGAAAUUUCGACCACACCAACAUAAUAAGACUACUGGGUGUCAUUAUGGAAGGCGAACCUCUCUACGUUAUAAUGGAAUUCAUGCUGUACGGUGACGUUAAGACCUACUUGUUGGCUAGACGACACUUGGUGUUCCAGAAGGGCGGGACUGAAAAUAACGAGAUCAGCAGCGAGAGACUGACUUCGAUGGCGUUGGAUAUAGCUAGGGGGCUCAGUUAUCUAGCCGAGUGCAAGUUCGUUCACAGGGAUUUGGCAUCGAGGAACUGUUUGGUCAACGGGAAUAAGAUGGUUAAGAUAGGCGAUUUCGGAAUGUGUCGUCCUAUGGCAGAUAAGGAAUACUAUCGUUUCGAUCGCAAAGGUAUGCUUCCCGUUAGGUGGAUGGCACCUGAGAGUCUGGCACUGGGAGUCUUCACCACGGCCUCGGAUGUUUGGAGUUACGGAGUGUUGUUGUAUGAAAUUGUGACCUUCGGUAGUUUCCCGUUCCAAGGACUGAGUAACAGUGAGGUUCUGGAAGCUGUCAAACAAGGAAAAACGUUGACUGUGCCUAAAGGAGUUAAACCGCAAUUGGAAGGACUCAUGAAAUCAUGUUGGAACAGAACAGCAAAGGCGAGGCCACAAGCCAAAGAGAUAGUGGCAUAUAUCGCUUGCUAUAAAGACCUUUUAACUCCAUGUCUGGAUGCUCCACUGUCCUCUGUGCAAAUUGAAAAUUCUGACGAAUUGGAAAUGCGGUUCCCCAACAGAAAAGGCUCAACAACGCCUACCACCAAGAACUUCCCAUCGUUCAGCAGAAGAAUUUCAGCGACCAAAGUGACAGAAGCACGAAAAUUCAAAAAACAGGCAUCGAUACCAGAAAAUUCCGUCAGCAUACCACUUGAAUCUUACUGUCCCAAGGAGCCCCUGUUGAACGAGCAACAAGAAGUUCCCACCACAAACCAUUACCACCUUGUACCGUCACAACAUGCAAGCAACGAUUCCGGAGUGCAAGAAGACGAUGAUUACAUGCCAGCUAGCAUGUUGAUGAAUGGACACGCCAAUACGAAAAUUUGAAGGAAGCGCACGCUUCCAUGAGUAAACAUUUCAAUUUCUGCCAAUACUUAUAUCCGGAGGAAUGAUUAGUGAGUUCCUGUUUGCAAUUAUAUCCGAUCAUUCCAUAAAUAUGUAGUUUUCUACAUAUCUCUGUUUCCGAUUUCUCUACACUUUCGAUAUUUCCUUGAAGGGGAUGAACCCCUUGUUCUGGCUUAUUUCCAAGCGCAGGUUCCAUUCAAUCCAAAGAUUUCUUAUGGGGGCUUGGUAGCCCUGAAAUAAUUGCAUCACAAUACAAAGCUUUGAAGUACUACCUACAAUAAACAGGAAAUUAUUAAACUGUGAUAAACACUUGGGAGCAUUUUAUUGCAAUUUGGUUUGAAAUAUGUGCAGUAUAAAAGUGGUUUUUUUUUUGGAGAAAUCUUUUAUAUUUUGGCAUUAACAUUUCUCAUUGAAAUUCGGUUAUAUACAAUCAGCUAACAUUAUUUCACUGCCACUUUGUUUUGGAAGAAGCAUUUCCAAAUAUUUUUUUAGUUCAACCGAAACUUUGAAACAUGAAAUCUUAUGUAAUGAAUAGUUUUGUCCGUCCUAAUUUGUAUUUUUUUUUUGUAUGAAAUGAAAAUGUCAAUAAUGCUACAACGAUAAAACAAUGAAUUAAUAAAAAUCACACAAUAUGGAAGAAAUACUGUCAUAAUUUAGUUAUCAAUAUGCAUAUAAAAGUAGUUUCCUUUUCUCUUAUUGGACUACUAGAAAAGUUUUCAAACCAAAUUGAUUGCAUACUGCAAGGAGUUUAAAUAAUUGUUACUACUUCACAUCACAUCACUGAUAAAACUACUGACUAUGUAAAUUGGAUUUCUAAUAAUUCAACUGAGAAAAAAUUACCUAUGAUUAGUGUGCCCAUAAGGAUAAAAAAAAUUAAAUAUAAUAAUGUCAGCAAUUCUAGAGAAAAUUAAAUUUUACAAUAUGAAGAUGGGCACCCAGAAAUGUAAGAUGAUUACCAAUAAAAUAUUUAGAGAAUAUAUUUUUGGACUUGUGAAAUAUUCUGACGCCGACAACUUAGGGCAAAGUCAACUCACUUUCGAAUAUUUACUGCUUGAAAGCAACCAUGACUAUGUUUUUCUUAGUUCCUUCUAUCUCUGAUAGUAGUUUCUUGAAUGAGAAGUCUUUCCUUAUUCCUGCUCACCUGACUUUACGAAUCCUAGUCAAUAACUAAAUUAAUAUUAUUAAAUUAAUGGAUAUUAAAUGUAUUUUGUUUAUAUCAUAUUCUCUUGGAUGUGAAAGCUUUUCAAGGUGGACAGAAUAAAAGCCAAGUUGGGGCAUGAGCUGAUUGACUCUGUAGGAUUGCUGCUACUUUGAUAGGUGUAAAGAAGUGUCUCGAUAACUAGCAACAUUGUAGAAAUUUUUCAUUUUCCUUUUGUUCAUUUAAUAUUCAAAAGAAGACUAGUUUUUGUUAAUGUCAAUGUUUUCAAAGGUCCGUAAUUCCAUUAUAUACAAUCAAAUGCAAUGAUUGUAUCAGUAUCUGUUGAUUUAAAUCUUGAUUAGUGACAGCGAUACCAAAUAUGCACUUGAGACUUUCUUCUUUAUACACCUUGAUACUUCUUAUCUAUAGUAAUUUAUUUUGCAUUAAUUAUGUUAUAAGCUAUGUUGGUGUAUGUAUGGCAGACUGACUGAAUUUGUGUGGCAUAUAUUUUGAUAUGCGUCUUGUACCUGAUUUAGAUUUAAGCUAUUUUUUAAAAAUAUUUAUACUAUUUCGUCCAAAUAUCUUCAUUAUUUUCUGUCAUGUCGAAAGAAAAAAAUAAAUAGUUAUAUUCAUGA